AUGCAGAACUCAGUCUACGAAACUGCAGCAAGCGCAGUGCAGGCACGGAAUCGCAUCCGCAGCCACAUCUACCAAACGCCCCUCAUUCCAUCCAGAGUGCAAGGAAAAUCCAACAACGCAAGGGUGCUAUUCAAAGCAGAAAACUUCCAAUUAACGGGAUCUUUCAAGAUCCGAGGUGCAAUGUCCAAGAUGUCCGGUCAACCUGCCAACGGACGAUUAAUAACCGCCUCAUCGGGCAAUCAUGGAAUAGGCGCCGCAUGUGCCGCGCAGGCACUCUCUAAAGAUCUCACUGUUGUCCUCCCGGACUCGGUGGUACCUGCGAAAUUGGAGAAAAUCAAGUCCUACGGGGUGAAUGUUAUUCUGCAUGGAGCUGAGACGGGCCUUGCUGAACAAUAUGCUCAGCGGCUAGCUGCUUCGCAAUCGUAUACUUAUAUUUCGCCAUACAAUGAUCCUGAUAUUGUCGCCGGGCAGGGGACUAUUGGUUUAGAAAUUCUGGAGCAGUGUGAAGAGGUGGAUAAUAUCUUCGUCGCCAUGGGUGGUGGUGGAUUGAUUAGCGGUAUCGGGGCGGUGGCGAAGGCGUUCAGUCCCCGGACGAAGGUCUAUGGUGUUUCUGCGAUUAACUCGAAAGCUCUCGCCGAGUCCAUGGCUGCUGGCCAUGUAGUUGAAACGGAACAUCGAGAUACCCUAGCUGAUGCCGUUGCUGGCGGUAUUGAUACGGAUACAAUCACGCUCCCGUUGGCUAUGUCUGUGGUAGAUCACGUCGUUGAAUGUGACGAGGACGAGAUCAAAGCGGCUAUGAAGACUAUGGCCUUCGAUGAAAAUAUGAAUGUCGAAGGCUCUGCCGCUCUUGCUUUGGCUGGUUUCAGUAAAGUUGCAGGACAGCUCGCCAACCAAACUAGCGUCAUUGUCUUGUGCGGUGCGAACUUUGACCAAAAUGUCUUUAGGAAUGCCGUUUUAGACAUUUAA